AUGGUUCGGUACGCAGCGACUGAGAUUGCUCCGGCGAAGUCGGCUCGCUCCCGCGGGUCGUAUCUUCGCGUUUCCUUUAAGAACACUCGCGAAACCGCUCAGGCGAUCAAUGGCUGGAAGCUGCAGCGCGCCCAGAAGUUCCUGGAGAACGUUAUGGAGAAGAUCGAGGCUGUCCCCAUGAGACGCUACGCUGGUGGCACUGGCCGUGCCUCGCAAGGCAAGCAGUGGGGUGUUACUCGUGCCCGCUGGCCGAAGAAGUCCGCCGAGUUUCUUCUCGGUCUCCUCAAGAACGCCGAGUCCAACGCCGAUGCCAAGGGUCUCGACACCGGCAACCUGGUCGUCAAGCAUAUUCAAGUCAACCAGGCCCCUAAGCAGCGCCGCCGGACAUACCGUGCCCACGGUCGCAUCAACCCCUACAUGUCCAACCCGUGCCACAUCGAGCUAAUCCUGACAGAGGCCGAGGAGGCUGUGCAGAAGUCUGAGGCGGUUGAGGGCCGCGAGCACCUGAGCUCAAGACAGCGUGGUGCUCGUCUGCGCCAGGCUAUUACGGCCGCGUAG